AUGUGGGCCUCCGGGCCCGCUGCGGCGGCGCGGCCGGUUGAGGCCGGGCUCGGCCCGGCCCGCGACGGCUGGCCGCCGACGAGCGCGCUCGCGCUGCUCGUCAAGAUGGCGGCGGUGGCGAUUGCGGCGACAAAAGUUCAGUCGUACAGCGCUCAGGCGCCUGUCGUCUUUCGUCUUUUGUCGCAUUUCGCACACCCGCGCGCUCCGCGAGGGCAUGAGCCUUCCGCGAUUCGAUCCCGCAGCCAAAAGCUGCUCGCUCGAACCGCGGCCGACUCUGCCAUCGCGGCCGCAGCUGUUGAGCUCUUCGCAGAAGACUGGUGCCUCAUAUGCUGCCUCCCUGCGGAUGCUGCCGGCGAGCCUGGCGGUCCGCUGUACUACAAGGAUGUGCUGACUCGAUUCUACCUCGAAUUCUUCUACCCCCGCGACCCCACGAACGAAUGCAUUCGUGGCAUCCGAUGGGUCGCCCAGAGUAUCGACCUCUGGCUUGUCAGCCGGUCACUUGAUGACACCAUGAAGUACAGCGAUCGCCAUCUCGCUGGCCUCUUCGCAGGCCCCCCCGACCGCGUCGAACUCAUCGGCGCGGGCUCUCUCGGCUACGGGACCGGCCCCAGCUUCGGCUGAGGGCUAACAAGCUGCCGAGCCCAAAUCACUGUGAGAGUCGUGAUUUCUUGUUGGUCUUUAAAAAUCUCUCUC